AUGUCAGUCUACCUCUAUUUUGAGUGUAAGAGCUUUUUAGAGGAUGCAAUUGACCAAAAAGGGGACUUUGCAAGCUUAGAUGAUGAUAUCUCAAAGGCUGUGCAGGUUGGGCUAAGAAAGUACGAAAAGUAUUACGCAUAUAUGGAUCAUGGGUCAAAUAUUCAUUACAUUGCAAUGAUGCUUGAUCCACAACUCAAAUUUGAGAUGCUGAAAGAGGAAUUUGAAGACGAAGAUGCGACAAAUGUUGUCAAGGAGCAAAUACGGACCUACCUUCAUGAUCGUUAUUCAACUCCUCCUCUGAGCGAUGAGCUGGUACUCCCACCAUUACUCAAUCUGAAGACAAUGACAUCUCAACCCGAGCUAGAUCCAUAUAAGCGUAUGCUUGAGUGCUUUGGCAAAAAGAAGACCAUAGUGAAGGUGUCUGAUAUUGAUAUAUAUCUUGAUUCACCACCAGUGGCUGUUAGUGAUGCAAAGUCAACUGAUUGGCUCCUAAAGUGGUGGGAUUCUCAUAAGGGAGAAUAUCUGCUAAUGGCACAUGUUGCACGCGAUUUCCUUGCAAUUCCCAUUACAGAGGCCUCCGGCAAGGGUAGUCCAGCCAGUUAUCCUAUUUGCUAUAUUUGCUCUAUCUGCAAGGUUUCUUUUAUCGUCUACUCCGUCGAGUGUCUGGAAAACCGCACUCGUGCCAAGGGCUCCGGACUGAACUUUCUGUUCCUCAACGUUGCAAUGGUCGUCAACACUUAUGGAAUCAGCGUUGGGAUUGCAGCGAUUGGCUGGAAGCUGUACUUGGUGUGUAUCGGCAGGAUCUGCGUCGAGAUGGUGGUGAUUUAUUUCUUCUUUGUGGAGACGGCUGGAAAAACGUUGGAGGACUAAGAAGACUACGGUGCUGAUUGAUGACUGGGGUAAUGUCGUGGAUAUCCAAGAUCCAGUG